AUGAAUAAUCAAACUUACGUCUCUGAAAAUGCUAAGAACAAUAAAUUUAAACAUCAUACUAUACAUAUGUACACUGCAAAAGUGUCAGAUUUUGGAGCUUCAAGGUUAAUACCUGUUGAUCAAACUCAAAUAACAACUCUAGUUCAAGGAACACUUGGGUACGUAGAUCCACAGUAUUUCCAAACAAGCCAGCUGACAGAAAAGAGUGAUGUUUAUAGCUUUGGAGUGGUGCUAGUGGAACUACUAACAGGACAAAUGCCGGUGUCAUUUGCAAGACCUGAAGCUCAGAGAAACCUGUCUUCUUACUUCAUUUUAGCAAUGCAACAGGAUCACCUUUCCCAAAUUCUUGAGCCUGGGCUUGCAAACGAAGGGAAUAGAGAACAGCUUAAAGCAGUUGCAGAUCUUGCAAUGAGGUGUCUCAGAUUUAGGGGUGAAAAAAGGCCCACAAUGAAAGGAGUGGUGUUAGAGCUUGCAGGGUCAAGAGGGAUUGACAAACACUGUUGGAAUCAAGUCAACUAUGAGGAGGCUGUAGGCUUGCUCGAUGAACCAUUGGAUUUAUACACAGCUGAGAGUUCAUCAAGAGUAAAUCGUCAUAGUGACAUGCCAACUAGGCAAUAUAGCAAUCACAAUUCAACGACAUUUUCAUUGGACUUCCCCCGAUGA